AUGAAGUUCAUCAUCAUCGGGGACUCAGAGGCGACGGGCGGAUACACCAUCUACAACAACUUGUGGGGCCAGGCCAAAGCCGACUUGGGCAACCACUGCGCGACCAACAGCGGCUUGACCAAUGAUGAUUCUGUUGCGUGGUCUGUUGACUGGACCUGGAGCGGCGGCGAUGGCCACGGAAAGUCGUACCCUAACUACGGAUUCGUUAUCUGGCUCGACGCGCUUGACGGCGCAGGCCCCAUCUCUGCGACCGGCAGCUCCGUCGCCACCGUCACGCUGGCCGACAACUCGCGGGAUGCCCACCAAGACACAAACUCUCAGAUGACAGUAUUCAGCUUCGUGAGGAUCCAGACUGUCGGUGCUGGCACCAAGCCCUUCACAGGCAACAACGUGGUCUUCGCGACCACUACUCUGCCUGGGUUGAAUACCAGAGCAUAG